AUGGCCUUAGACGCUCGAGACCGCCAGGGAAUCCGAAUUUUCCACCGAGAGGACUUGAAGACCUUCCUCCGCACUCGAUAUGCCGACGACCCUCCCAAUCACACCUCACAAACGUUUCAAGCUGCACAAGCCGCACGAAUGAGAGUCAUUGAGUUGGCGCGCAUGGUCUCUCGGGAUAGACUCCACUGGUUUCGAAACAACAUGCCGAGAAGUGUUCUUGAGGAUCAUGAUAUUGCUGAGCGGCUCCAGCGGCAUGCAGCCGAAGCAGAUAAGAUGGAAGUCGAUCAAAUUACAGCUGGACGAGAGUCAAAAAUGAGAUUUCGUGCUUUGACGCGGGACGACCAAUUUCUGUUCUUGCGGGUAUCAAGCAGAUCUUGCGGCGAAUGGUAUCUACUGGGACACUAUGACUAUCUUCUAGAAAUCGUGUCUCAUUCGCUCCGGGAGAAGCUUGCCAAACAGAUGAAGGUUGACAUAGAGGAUGUUGAUGCCUCCAAGCCUGUCAGUGGCUACGGGGUCGAUAGUUUGACUGCGGUGGAUAUUCGAGGUUGGAGCUUGAAGGAUGCCCAGGCAGAUAUCUCGGUUUUGAACAUCGUGAAUAAUGCCUCGAUUGGGUCACUGGCACAUACCAUUGUGAAAAAAUCGCUCCUGGCGAGUAGUAGAUUAGAAGAAGACCCGGCUACAUGA